AUGGAUGAGGAGAGUCUCGGCCGUCUGUGUGCUACGGGGUUCUCGGAAAGUGACAUAAAAAUUGCUAAGGAUCUUUUAUUUGACUCCAUAUCGACUACUAAACGGAAGAAGAUAAGGAGGAGGCAGGGGAAGACCCUCAGGGAUAUCGACGAUAUCAUAUGUGUUCUCAAGGAAUUACGUCCUGAGGAAAUCCCAAUUUUCGUCGCUCGAGAGCUUCAUAAAUUACCCCCUGUCACGUUUGAUCACGUCGACGUCACCCGGCUACUUAAAGAUAAUUUAAAGAUGCGAUAUGAUUUAGACUAUAUAACGGAGAAAUAUGUCACCAAUAAGCAAUUAGAGGAAUUAAAGCUGGAUAUUGAGAAUCUAAAGAGAUCGUCUAUUGUUAAUAAUUUCCCUAAUAAAGUUAAUUUUAAACGGGGAGCGUGUCUGGUGGACAGUUUUGAAUACGACAGUGGUCCCGUGGGUUUGCCACCAGCUCAUGUCGAGCAAGAUGUGUUGGAGGAUCAUCUUCAUUCACCACGAAACACUUGCAGUAACAUCUCUUUAAUAGACGGUAGCAGAGAAAUAAAAUCGCCGGCGGAAAUUGUAAGAAUAUCAACGACCGAUGACGUCGCCGAAACAGCUGAUAGACCGUUAGCAACCGCCGCCACCGGUACGACGAGGAUGAGUCAUGUAUGCACACCGCCUGCGCCCGCGCCGCAUCGACACACGGCCGGCCCGAUCGUGCCAGAACAAAACGAAAUAAAAACGAAAACAUCAGAUGUUUCGCAGUGUGUGGAGACGAAGUCUCAUGAUGGAAGGUGGAAGGUGGUUCAAAAUAGGAAGAGGAACCGUUUUGCGGCUAAUAGGGGUAUUGCCGCGGUCGAAGAAAACACUAACUUUAAAGCUGCCGAUAUUAAGGUCCCUAUUUAUAUUUACAAUGUUUCGAAGGCCACGACAGUGUGUGAUGUCAUUAACUACGUACAGAAAAAAGUCAACAUUGCCGUCACGUUAGUAAAAAUGUCUAUGAAGGUAACGAAGGAUUAUGACGCCUACAAAGUUUUUGUUCCCAAACAAAGCUUGGAAAUGUUUUUAAAAAAUGAUUUCUGGCCGGAAGGGAUCGCAUAUCGACGUUUUGUAGAUUUUGGUGAAAAAAGAAGUGUUAAAGCUGGGCAAACGAGUAAAAAUCUACACAAGUAA